AUGCCCUCCUUUGCUGCAGAUGUUGAAUACUCGUCCCUGAAGAACAUCAUCGUCCCCAGGAUCUGCAAACUAUGCAUCAAUCAAACGUCACUCAGUAUAAAAGUGAACUGCCUGGUGUGUCUGGGCAAGUUGUUGGAGUUCUUAGACAAGUGGUUCGUGCUGGAUGAGGAUAUGUUGAGUCGCGUUGAAACUGAACACAGAAUGAAGCUGGAGCAGCUGAACUCCGUGCAGCAAGAACAAAAAACUCUUCGGAGAUUUGCACAGGAAGCAGUUCAGAUCGGAAAUGGAGUAGCUGAUAACACAAACAAGAUGGCGGAUGAUGUGAGAGUACCUUUCAACCCAUUUGACGAUCCUCUGACGUCAUCAUCAGCAUCAUCAUCAUCAUCAUCGGCGGCCAUGAAGAUGAAUAAUAACAACAGCACGUCUAAUUUUGGCGCCAAAAAAGCUCAGUCUCUAACGAUGGAAGAAAAGGAGAAGUUGGCUAAGCAGCAGGAACAGCUGCAGAGAUUCCAAACGACAAACACACCCUUGCAACCGUCAUCAUCAUCGUCGUCGGCAACUAAAAACGUCAACCACAACAAAACAAUGACGUCAUCGUCGAUGAUGACGACGACGAAGAAGGAGGGCCCGAAAGAUCUGACCUCGACUCUCAUAAAUAAUAAUUUAUCUAUGUUGAAACUGUCAGCAACAACAACAACAAUUAUGACGUCAUUGUCGUCGUCAUCGUCAUCGUCCUACAACAGCAACAUCAAUUUCGCAACAAAAUUUCAACAUGGCGAAACCAGCUCAACAAUUUUUCCCAACAACUGCAACGUUAAUGACGUCAUCGAAACAGACUAA